AUGACCUCCUCGAGUGAUAUCAGGUUUCACAGCAGGGGGGCUUCACAGAAGGUGGGCAGGGUAGCGGCCGAGCAGGUACCUGAGGGCCAUGCGGCAUCAUUGAAGGCGGGCAGGUGCCAUCCUGCAGGCGGCGCAGUCGUAGACGCGUCAUUGAAGCGCCACACUGUCCCCUCUGGGAGCAGCGAGCGGUACGUCGAGCGGAUGCACGGCGAGGCGAGAGCAGGCGCGGAGGCAUUGGAGGGAGGGGCAGGGCAGUCGUUGACCCCGAGGCGAGAGAGCGAGAGGUCGAAGGCGGCGUCUCCGGACCAGAGAUCAUCAACCCACCAACCACAUCAUCAACCCACCAACCAGAUCAUCAACCCACCAACCAGAUCAUCAACCCACCAACCACAUCAUCAACCCACCAACCAGAUCAUCAACCCACCAACCAGAUCAUCAACCCACCAACCAGAUCAUCAACCCACCAACCAGAUCAUCAACCCACCAACCAGAUCAUCAACCCACCAACCACAUCAUCAACCCACCACCCACAUCAUCAACCCACCAACCAGAUCAUCAACCCACCAACCACAUCAUCAACCCACCACCCACAUCAUCAACCCACCACCCACAUCAUCAACCCACCAACCAGAUCAUCAACCCACCAACCAGAUCAUCAACCCACCAACCAGAUCAUCAACCCACCAACCAGAUCAUCAACCCACCAACCACAUCAUCAACCCACCAACCAGAUCAUCAACCCACCAACCACAUUAUCAACCCACCACCCACAUCAUCAACCCACCACCCACAUCAUCAACCCACCAACCAGAUCAUCAACCCACCACCCACAUCAUCAACCCACCAACCAGAUCAUCAACCCACCAACCAGAUCAUCAACCCACCAACCACAUCAUCAACCCACCACCCACAUCAUCAACCCACCAACCAGAUCAUCAACCCACCAACCAGAUCAUCAACCCACCAACCACAUCAUCAACCCACCAACCAGAUCAUCAACCCACCAACCACAUCAUCAACCCACCAACCAGAUCAUCAACCCACCAACCAGAUCAUCAACUCACCAACCACAUCAUCAACCCACCACCCACAUCAUCAACCCACCACCCACAUCAUCAACCCACCAACCAGAUCAUCAACCCACCAACCAGAUCAUCAACCCACCAACCACAUCAUCAACCCACCAACCAGAUCAUCAACCCACCAACCACAUCAUCAACCCACCAACCAGAUCAUCAACCCACCAACCACAUCAUAAACCCACCACCCACAUCAUCAACCCACCAACCAGAUCAUCAACCCACCAACCACAUCAUCAACCCACCACCCACAUCAUCAACCCACCACCCACAUCAUCAACCCACCAACCAGAUCAUCAACCCACCAACCAGAUCAUCAACCCACCAACCAGAUCAUCAACCCACCAACCACAUCAUCAACCCACCACCCACAUCAUCAACCCACCACCCACAUCAUCAACCCACCAACCAGAUCAUCAACCCACCAACCACAUCAACCCACCAACCAGAUCAUCAACCCACCAACCACAUCAUCAACCCACCACCCACAUCAUCAACCCACCAACCAGAUCAUCAACCCACCAACCACAUCAUCAACCCACCACCCACAUCAUCAACCCACCACCCACAUCAUCAACCCACCAACCAGAUCAUCAACCCACCAACCAGAUCAUCAACCCACCAACCAGAUCAUCAACCCACCAACCAGAUCAUCAACCCACCAACUAGUCCACCCAGCAGCAGCAGCAUUGAACCCACCUUGCUCCAAGCGGACAUGUUCCUCCCGUAG